CGGUAGCGAAGAGAAGGCGACGCCAAGUCAUCAUUUGAAUGGGAUUCAAUAUGUGGACUUUUAUGUCUUACCAUUGGUCAUCACCGUUGUUGAUCACUGCGGCAUGAGAAGAUCUAUCCCCAGUGGUCGGACACAGACCGGACGUCAGCUCUACAUAAGCCACAUUGUCUUCAAAACGAGGCUGUUCCCUCUUAUUUAGCUGUUCCCGCAACGACUCUGCCACCGCGUGCGUGCAAUGCCAUCGGAUGAUAGGGAUACGUUAUCGAAUAGCUACUUUGCAGUCGCGGCGAUGAGCUUCCUUGUAUACGAUACACUCAUUCACAUAGGAGACGAAGUCGAGUACAUAUGGUGUGGCCGACGCUCCUGGAUCAAGUAUGCGUAUGCCUUCAUAAGACAUGUUCCCUACCUUGCUGAGGUGGGCCUUCUAGAGAUGAUUGCACCAUCUCACUCGCAAUCUGCUCAUCCCUGGCGUACCGACCAGUGCCGAAUCUGGUUGAUCUUCCAGCUCACUCUGAACGAGACUUUAACCGUGGUUGUCGAGGCAGUGUUCAUCGCGCGCAUAUACGCAAUGUUCAAAAAUAACAUGUUGAUCGUCGCGACGGUAUUGUCGCUCUAUCUCGCAGAAAUUAUUGCAAUGAUCACGGUCAUAGCCCUCAGUAUUCCAAGGAUGGAUAUAAGUACCUCAGCCUGUUUCAUCACACGGACUCCUCCUAUCUGGACAUCGUACUGGAUUAUAUCGCUUUCCUUCGAAACAAUUCUAUUUGCCUUGACCAUGUCCAAAUUUAUCGCUUUGAGAAACUACGGGGGCAGGGAGUCGUUUAUGUUUCUUCUGGUACGCGAUGGCACCUGGGCAUAUGCCCUCAUUUUCUUGAUCAUGCUCCUCAACACCUUGAUGUAUCAUCUUGUGGAUAAUCCGCUUGCGGGUGUUUGUUUCCUUUGGCAGCUCUCCGUAAUGUCAUUUGCGGGAUCUCAUGUCCUGUUGAAUUUGCGCCGCUUUGCGGUGCGAAGUCCGCAAUCUGACUCUCUGUGGACAGUGGAAGAAUUCGAGACCAUACAAUACGCUUGCCCUCCGUUAUCGCAAUGGUGCAUGGAUACAACGGAAGAAGAAGAUAGCACGGCGCAUGAAUAGACUGAGUUGAUUGCGGAGCGCUAGAGACAACCCCACCGAGCGGCGUGAUGAUGGGCGAAUUUGACACUUCUCCGGUCUGUUUUUGACAAACUCUGGUCACUUCAGUACAUAGGUAGGC